GCCAGAAACGCGCGCGCCGCCGCCGCUGCUUAAAGGGGCCGCGGGCUCUGCGAGAUGUUCCCCGCUGGGCUCUAGGAUGUUGGAGAACCGAGAGGAAGAGCUGACCACGGUGCGGGUGCAGGAUCCCCGCGUGCACAACGAGGGCUCCUGGAAUUCCUACGUGGAUUACAAGAUCUUCCUGCACACCAACAGCAAGGCUUUCACCGCCAAGACCUCGUGCGUGCGGCGCCGCUACCGCGAGUUCGUGUGGCUGAGGAGGCAGCUCCAGAAAAACGCGGGAUUGGUGCCGGUGCCGGAGCUGCCGGGAAAAUCGGCGUUCUUCGUGGGCAGCAGCGAUGAGUUCAUCGAGAGGCGGCGGCAGGGGCUGCAGCAGUUCCUGGAGAGGGUGGUGCAGAGCGCCGUGCUGCUCUCCGACAGCCGCCUGCACCUGUUCCUGCAGAGCCAGCUGCCCGUGGCCGCCAUCGAGGCGUGCGUGCAGGGCCGGGGGCCGCACUCGGUCACCGAGGCCAUCCUGCACUACGCCAUGGCCGGCUGUGCCUGGGGACAGCGCGGGGACAGCGCGGGGCUGUGGGGACAGCGCGGGGACAGCGCGGCCCCGCCCGCCGCCAGCUGUGCUGGCCUGGAGAGCUUCCCCUACUGGGGUGACUUUGGCAUGGACGAGGCGCGGCCGGAGAGCCCGGCUGGACACCAAGUGACCCCUCUGGAGAGCCCAGAGAGCCCAACUGGACACCAAGUGACCCCUCUGGAGAGCCCAGAGAGCCCAGCUGGACACAGAGUGACCCCUCUGGAGAACCUGAAAUGUCCAGCUGGACAUGAAAUGACCCCUUUGGAGAACCUGGAAUGUCCAGCUGGGCACGGAGUGACCCCUCUGGAGAGCUUGGAAGAGCCCCAGAAUGUCCAGCCAGACACUGAGUGACCCCUCUGGAGAACCUGGAAUGUCCAGCUGGACACUGAGUGAUCCCUCUGGAGAGCCCAGAGAGCCCAGCUGGACACAGAGUGACCCCUCUGGACACUUGAGUGACCCCUCUAGACAGUCUGGAAUGUCCAGCUGGACAGUGAGUGACCCCUCUGGAGAACGUGGAAUGUCCAGCUGGACACUGAGUGACCCCUCUGGACACCCCCAGGCCCCGCUGCCCUCGCUGGGAGAGGGAUCAGCGCGGAGCCACUGGGAUGGACUGGGAGCACUGGGAAUGCGGCUCCAGCCGUGUCUGAGCUCCUUCCCAGCAGAUUCCUGAUGUUCCUGAUAUUCCCAGAAGUGAUUUCCUCACUCUGCUCCUGCCUCAAAUCCCUCUGGAAUUCCCAAACGUGGCUCUAAUCCCUCUGGAAUUCCCAAACUGAACUAAUCAGAGCCGAGCUUCCCACUGGGAAAAGGGAGGGAUGGGGCUGGAAUUUGUGUCCCCUUCCCUUCCAGGGAUUUUUGGGAAAGCAGGAGCAGCUC